UACCGUGUUUUGACCCUACUCUAUCCUAAGAAUUGAUGUGCAAGAGAUAUUGCAUGAAGUUGAUCAUGAAGGUCGGAAACUAAGAUUACGAAGGGCUUUAAAUCGACGAGUUUUUAAAUCACAGAUAAAUAUUAUUUUUAUGUAUAGACACAGAGACCUAUCUGUCUUGAUCAUUUAAGCCAUGCACUUUCAGCGAUAACACAAUAUGUGGAAAACUAUUUAGUCUUAAACCCUUUUCUGGUCACAAAAAUUGCCAAGUCAUCAUACUGUCAGUUUCAACUAACUUAAGAUUAUAGAAAGAUAAUUGUAUGAUGGAGCCACUUAUCAGUAAAAGUUGUUUGAUUCGUUCAUUUGAGGAAUGUAUCAGUCAGAUUAUUCACAUGUAUAUACUUUCAAAAUGACAUUUAAUUUUAGGUUUUCAUGUGAUAAUAUCAACUAUUUCUUUUCAGGGACCAAAUUGGAUUUGGUCUGUGGAUGGUAAUGACAAGUUUCAGUUCUGCCAUAUUUACAUACAUGGAUGCAUUGAUACAUUUUCACGCAAGAUUUUGUUCUGCCCUAAUAGAACUAGAAGUGACCCAGGGACAGAGAAUGUAGACUUAAUUGAAUGCCAAAUGUUCCUAAGAAGAAAUAGCAGUGAUCAGCGUGCUUUCUCCGAUAGUCACAUCAUGGGGCCUUCACCACUGAACCAGGGUUUGCACAGAGAUGGUUGGUAUGACAGACACAGUUGCAUUGACAAGUGGUGCAUGGUAUUUGUUUACUUGCCUCUGAUACAACAUGAUAUAGAUGCAUUUCAACUGUGGUGGAACAACCACAAAAUAAGACACCAAAGGCAGGUGUGGUUACCCACUGGUGCUGCUCCAAAUGACAUUUAUGCAUUUCCACAUUUAUAUGGCGGUCACCAGUGUGGAUUCACUGUCAGUGAUAGAGAUUUGGCAGAAGUUGCACGAGAAAAAACACUGAACUAUGAACAAUCUGCUCGUGUGCCACAGGACUUCUAUAAUGAAGCAACUAACUUCACUGCCACUAACCACUUGACAAUAGAAAUAUCCACUGAAGAGGAGAGUUAUAUUCAACUAAGGAGACACUUCAUCCUAGAAAGAUCUGCAUUACAGUCAUCUACAUAUGUGUAAAAUGUAAUAUUAAUGUUUCUGCACCAACCUGCAAAUUCCAAAUUGCUGUACAGGAAAAAAGAGAAUAAAGAAUCACAAAAGAGGUUAUUUUCCUUUUUUUGAUACAUUUUAAUGUAAAAUACAAUGCGCAACAGGCUACACAACCCAUUUUUAUGAAACCACAAGUUCUGUAAGACAAAAAGGUAAAUUGGUUUUCCCUUGAUGGUGUUAUCUCUUUAUGUGCAUGGAGAUGCUGGUGUCACACCUGUCAGUACAUAAAAAUUCAACCACUUUUCAAUAAACUUGACAAUACCAUAUAAUUCAAAGUCUCUAUCCCAGCAUAGCUGUCAAAACUACAAAAAAAGAAUUAAAAAAAUGCACAAAGUAGGUAACUGUCAAUACUGAUGCAAAAUACAGUAUGCUUAACAGGAAGUCGAACAGCAUUGCAGGUAUAUGUCUGUUAGGAAUAUGUUACUAGCAGACCCAUGUCAGUUCAAAUUCACAGUUAAAAUAUGCAAGCAAGAGAAAUAUGAACAUUCAAAUAAAAAUGCAUAAAUUUCAGAAAAAAAAAAAAUCAAGCUGGGUUCCCAAUUUGAUCUGUGCUUAAGAAUUAUUAUUGGAUUUUCAAACUAAUAUGUCACUGUUUUUUCUUUAUAAUGUUACUAUUGGCAGUACACAAUUUGUUUUGCCAAAUCUGAUACAAUUUUACGUAAUGAUACAACCUUGAACUGUCUAUCAUAAUAGUAUAAUGUAUAAAAGGUCACUGCCAUUUGACUUCAUGCCUUUGGGGGUUAAAUCCCUCAAUAAAAAUGCUAAUAUUUAAAAAAUAUUGAACGCACAUAAAAGGCAGUCAAACUGGUGCAAGUCUAGGUACAAUUCAGACCAAGAACCCUUUCAGUAGGUUUGAGAGCCACGAGUAGCAUGACGUUAAUGGCCAUUAAGGUGAGAGUGACCAAAAUUUAUUUUCCCUCACCUUUGAUGCUAUAUUACAUAAUGCUUAAGAGCAUAAUCACCACCAAUUCUUAAUUAUGCAAUGCAGUUAAAAUGGUAUUUAUAAAAAAAUUAAUUAGCAA